AUGUCUACACCGCCAGGUCCUUCUCAAGGCUCUGGGAGCAAGCCUUCUGGUGUAGCAGGAAAGGUUUUCCCUCGUAUCGACUUGGACGGCCAUGACCUGCCUCCCUCGCCAGCACCUUCCAGUCCCCGCAAUGGCCGUAAAUAUGCUCUUGCCACAGAGCUGGUCUACACCGAAAGCAAGGAUCAAUAUGGGGCAUCGAGCAUGCCCAUCUACCAAUCUGCCACAUUCAAGCAGACAUCAGCGAGAGGCGGUGGCUCCGAAUAUGAUUAUACACGGUCCGGCAACCCUACACGAACACACUUGGAAAGGCAUCUUGCAAAGAUCAUGAAUGCAGCGAGGGCGUUGGUUGUUGGGUCUGGCAUGGGAGCUUUGGAUGUGAUAACACGGAGCUUACGACCUGGGGAUGAAGUAAUUACAGGCGAUGAUUUAUACGGAGGAACUAAUCGUCUGUUAACCUAUAUGGCAACCCACCAGGGCAUCAUUGUCCAUCAUGUUGAUACCACAACUCCCCACAAGCUUGAGGCGGUCGUAUCAGAAAAGACAGCCAUGGUCCUACUAGAAACACCAACGAACCCAUUAAUAAAAAUCGUCGACAUCCCAACAAUCGCGAAGAUGGUGCACGAGAAGAACCCGAAAGCAUUGGUGGUAGUUGACAAUACCAUGCUUUCACCAAUGCUCUCAAACCCCCUCGACCUCGGAGCCGACAUUGUCUACGAGUCGGGAACGAAAUAUCUUUCCGGGCACCACGAUAUCAUGGCUGGUGUUAUAGCGUUCAAUGAUCCAGCCGUUGGAGACAAGAUGUACUUUACGAUCAAUUCCACCGGAUGUGGAAUAUCCCCCAAUGAUGCUUUCCUUCUUAUGAGAGGCAUUAAAACCCUCGCAAUCCGGAUGGAGAAGCAACAGUCCAAUGCACAGACUAUUGCCGAGUUCCUUGAGUCUCACGGAUUCCGAGUACGAUAUCCAGGUCUGAAAUCUCACCCUCAAUACGACCUACAUUGGUCUAUGGCACGGGGCGCUGGAGCCGUACUGUCGUUCGAAACUGGAGAUGCAGCUGUUUCCGAGCGCAUCGUGGAAGCUGCCCGAUUAUGGGGAAUCAGUGUCAGUUUUGGCUGCGUCAACAGCCUGAUCAGUAUGCCAUGCCAGAUGAGUCACGCAAGCAUUGAUGCGAAGACAAGAAAGGAGAGACAGAUGCCAGAGGAUAUUAUUAGACUUUGUGUUGGUAUUGAGCAUGUCGAUGAUUUGAUUGAUGACCUCAGUCGAGCGCUGGUCCAAGCCGGUGCGGUCAACGUAACCUUAGACGGGUUCCAUGCCGUCGAUCCUGCUCAGGCCUUGGCUGGCGUGCCCAUAGAUGGGUCCGAUACUAUUGUUGCCCUAGCAUGA